UGGAGAUGGCUCAGUCUAUAUAGAGGGACUGCAAACUGAAGGGGAAUUUGGACUGUCCCAGCUGUGAGCUGUACAGGUUCCAGUCUCUGCCUUCAUUUCAACCUCUGCUUAAAGUAAUUGGAUAUCUGUGACCUUUAAGUCAAAAUGUCACAAAAAGCAAUGAGUGAGGAUGAGAAAUUCCUUUUUUUGGACAAAGACUUCAUAAACAGUCCUGCAGCCCAGGCAGAUUGGACGGCCAAAAAGUUGGUUUGGGUCCCUUCUGAGAAACAUGGAUUUGAGGCUGCAAGUAUCAAGGAAGAGAAAGGUGAUGAAGUUCUGAUUGAAUUGGAGAAUGGAAAGAAAGCAACUAUAAGCAAGGAUGAUGUCCAAAAGAUGAACCCCCCCAAAUUCUCCAAGGUGGAGGACAUGGCAGAGCUGACUUGCCUAAAUGAAGCAUCUGUGCUGCACAAUUUACGAGAAAGAUAUUUCUCCGGCCUUAUCUAUACAUAUUCCGGUCUAUUUUGUGUUGUGGUCAACCCCUACAAAGCUCUUCCAAUUUAUUCGGAGAAGAUCAUUGACAUGUACAAAGGCAAGAAAAGACAUGAAAUGCCCCCUCAUAUCUACGCAAUAGCAGAUAAUGCAUACAGGAGUAUGUUACAAGAUCGUGAAGAUCAGUCCAUCCUGUGCACAGGUGAAUCUGGUGCUGGGAAGACAGAGAAUACCAAGAAGGUCAUCCAGUACCUGGCCGUGGUCGCCUCCUCACACAAGGGAAAGAAAGACACCACCAUCACUCAAGGCCCAUCUUUUGCUUACGGAGAGUUGGAAAAGCAGCUUCUUCAAGCCAAUCCCAUCCUUGAAGCUUUUGGUAACGCCAAAACUGUGAAAAAUGACAACUCAUCCCGAUUUGGUAAAUUUAUUCGUAUAAACUUUGAUGUUUCUGGAUUCAUCGUUGGAGCAAACAUCGAAACUUAUUUGCUUGAAAAAUCUCGUGCUAUCCGGCAAGCUAGAGACGAGAGAACGUUCCACAUAUUCUACUAUUUGCUUCAAGGAGCUAAGCCUGCAUGGAAGGAGGAUUUACUACUGGAAGGCUUUGGAAAUUACACCUUCUUUUCGCAUGGUUAUGUACCCGUUCCCUCACAGGAUGAUGGAGACAUGUUCCUGGAGACUUUGGAGGCCAUGGAAAUCAUGGGAUUCAAUGAAGAGGAACAGCUAUCAAUGAUGAGGGUGGUAUCAUCAGUCCUCCAGCUUGGUAACAUCGUCUUCAAGAAAGAAAGAAACACUGACCAGGCCUCCAUGCCAGAUGACACUGCUGCUCAGAAAUGUUGUCAUCUGAUGGGAAUCCAGGUAACAGACUUUACAAGGUCCAUCCUCACACCUCGCAUCAAAGUGGGAAGAGACCUUGUGCAAAAAGCCCAAACCAAAGAACAGGCUGACUUUGCAAUUGAAGCUUUGGCAAAGGCAACCUACGAACGUCUCUUCCUGUGGUUGCUCAGUCGGGUCAACAAAGCUCUUGACAAAACCAAGAGACAAGGAGCUUCUUUCCUUGGAAUUCUUGACAUUGCUGGUUUUGAAAUAUUUGAGGUCAACUCAUUUGAGCAGCUCUGUAUCAACUACACCAACGAAAAACUCCAGCAGCUGUUCAACCACACUAUGUUCAUUCUGGAGCAAGAGGAAUACCAAAGAGAAGGCAUUGAGUGGAAUUUCAUUGACUUUGGUCUAGAUCUGCAACCAUGCAUAGAACUUAUUGAGAGGCCUAAUAAUCCACCUGGUGUGUUGGCUCUUCUGGAUGAAGAGUGUUGGUUCCCCAAAGCAACUGAUGUCUCAUUUGUGGAGAAACUGAUCCAAGAACAAGGGAACCAUAUUAAAUUCCAAAAACACAAGCAACUUAAGGAUAAAACCAUCUUCAGCCUUCUUCACUAUGCUGGAAAGGUGGAUUAUGAUGCCACGUCUUGGCUAACCAAGAACAUGGACCCCCUGAAUGACAAUGUGACCUCAUUAUUGAACCAGUCAUCAGAUAAAUUUGUUUCAGAUCUAUGGAAAGAUGUUGACCGUAUUGUGGGGCUGGAUCAGAUGGCAAAAAUGACUGAAAGUUCCCUACCAAGUGCUUCCAAGACCAAGAAAGGCAUGUUCCGUACUGUCGGCCAACUUUACAAGGAGCAGCUGGGCAAACUGAUGACAACACUGAGAAACACAAGUCCAAACUUUGUCCGUUGUAUCAUUCCAAAUCAUGAAAAACGGUCAGGAAAGCUCGAUGCCCAUCUUGUUCUGGAACAGCUGAGGUGCAAUGGUGUCUUGGAAGGCAUCAGAAUUUGUCGUCAAGGGUUCCCCAACAGAAUCGUUUUCCAGGAGUUCCGGCAAAGAUAUGAAAUCCUCGCUGCUGGAGCUAUCCCUAAAGGCUUUAUGGAUGGUAAACAGGCCUGUGUGAUCAUGAUCAAAUCCUUGGAACUUGACCCCAAUCUGUACAGGGUUGGCCAAAGUAAAAUAUUCUUCAGGACAGGUGUCCUUGCCCACCUGGAAGAAGAACGAGACUUGAAGAUCACAGAUAUAAUCAUUGCUUUCCAAGCUCAAAGUCGUGGUUACCUUGCAAGAAAGGCCUUUGCAAAGAGACAGCAGCAGCUAACUGCAAUGAAAGUCAUUCAGAGAAAUUGUGCUGCUUAUCUGAAACUCAGAAACUGGCAAUGGUGGAGAUUGUUCACUAAGGUCAAACCUCUACUGCAAGUAACCCGUCAAGAAGAAGAAAUGCAAGCCAAAGAUGACGAGCUUAAAACGGUCACUGAGAGGUUCCACAGAACAGAGAUUGAAUUGAGGGAGAUCCAGAUGAAGCAUGUUCAGUUGACAGAAGAGAGGAACGUACUCCAAGAGCAGCUUCAGGCUGAGACUGAGCUAUUUGCUGAAGCAGAAGAGAUGAGGAUACGACUGCAAGCCAAGAAACAAGAACUGGAAGAGAUUCUACAUGAAAUGGAAGUCCGAAUAGAAGAAGAAGAGGAACAAACCCAGCAACUACAAGGAGAGAAGAAGAAAAUGUUGCAGCAGAUGCAGGACCUGGAGGAACAAUUAGAAGAGGAAGAAGCAGCCAGACAGAAGCUACAACUGGAGAAAGUGACAGCUGAAGCCAAGAUCAAGAAAUUGGAAGAUGAUGUUCUUUUAAUGGACGAUCACAACAACAAGUUAUCUAAGGAGAGAAAGUUGCUUGAGGAGAGAGUAAAUGACCUAACAUCUAAUUUGGCAGAGGAAGAAGAAAAAGCAAAGAACCUGACAAAAUUAAAAAAUAAACAUGAAUCUAUGAUCUCAGAACUGGAAGUACGUCUAAAGAAGGAAGAGAAGAGCAGACAAGAGCUUGAGAAGGUGAAGAGAAAGAUGGAAGGAGAAUCAAAUGACCUUCAUGAACAAAUUGCCGAACUGCAUGCACAAAUCGCUGAGCUCAAACAGCAAUUAGCCAAAAAAGAAGAGGAGCUACAGGCAGCUCUUGCCAGGUUGGAAGAUGAAACUGCCCAGAAAAAUAAUGCUUUGAAAAAAAUCAGAGAGUUGGAAGCACAUAUCUCUGACCUUCAAGAAGACUUGGAAUCAGAAAGAGCAGCAAGAAACAAAGCAGAGAAGCAAAAGAGAGACUUAGGUGAAGAGUUGGAAGCACUGAAGACAGAGCUGGAAGACACACUGGACAGCACAGCAACACAACAAGAGCUCCGAGCGAAGAGAGAACAGGAGGUCACAGUACUUAAGAGGGCAUUGGAAGAGGAGACAAGAACACAUGAAGCCCAGGUCCAAGAGAUGAGACAGAAGCAUACUCAAGCUGUGGAAGAGAUAACAGAGCAACUGGAACAAGUUAAAAGGGUUAAAGUCAACUUGGAAAAGAGCAAACAAGGUUUGGAGAAGGAGAACUCAGAGUUCACGAUAGAGAUACGAUCACUCAAUCAGGCCAAACAAGAUGUAGAGCAUAAAAAGAAAAAGCUUGAAGUUCAGUUGCAAGAGCUCCAGUCUAAGUAUACUGAAGGAGAACGGGCUAGAACGGAGCUGGCAGAAAAAUCCCAUAGAGUACAGGUGGAACUGGAAAAUGUCACUGUCCUACUCAGCGAAGCAGAGACAAAAUCCAUCAAAUUUUCCAAGGAUGUUGCAAGCUUGUCAGCACAGCUUCAGGACAGUCAGGAGUUGCUAGCAGAAGAGACUCGCCAGAAAUUGAAUGUGGCCACCAAGCUCCGCCAAGUAGAAGAUGAGAAGAAUAGUCUCCAAGAACAACUAGAUGAGGAAGCAGAGGCCAAGCAAAACCUUGAACGUCACAUCUCCACGCUGAAUAUCCAGCUCUCAGACUCCAAGAGAAAACUGCAAGAAUUUACUUCCACUAUAGAAUCAUUGGAAGAAGGCAAGAAAAAGUUCCAGAGAGAUGUUGAGUCCAUGACACAACAGUUUGAGGAGAAAGCUUCUGCUUAUGACAAACUGGAGAAGACCAAGAAUCGCCUUCAGCAGGAGCUUGAUGACUUAGUAGUUGACUUGGACAAUCAGCGCCAGCUUGUGUCCAACUUGGAGAAGAAACAGAAGAAAUUCGACCAGAUGUUGGCAGAGGAGAAAAACAUAUCUUCAAAAUAUGCGGAUGAGAGAGACAGAGCUGAGGCAGAAGCCAGAGAAAAAGAAACCAAGGCCCUAUCACUUGCCAGAGCGCUUGAUGAAGCAUUACAAUCCAAGGAAGAACUUGAGAGGGUUAAUAAACUACUUAAGACUGAAAUGGAAGACUUGGUCAGCUCCAAGGAUGAUGUAGGCAAGAAUGUCCAUGAUUUGGAGAAAUCGAAACGAACCCUUGAACAACAAGUUGAAGAGAUGAAGACACAGCUGGAAGAGUUGGAAGAUGAGCUUCAAGCAACAGAAGAUGCCAAACUUAGACUUGAAGUCAACAUGCAAGCCCUUAAAGCACAGUUCGAAAGAGAUUUACAAGCAAGAGAUGAGCAGAAUGAGGAGAAGAGGAGGCAGCUAGUCAAACAGGUUCAUGAGUAUGAAACAGAACUGGAAGAUGAACGGAAACAGAGGACAUUGGCAGCUGCAGCCAAGAAGAAAUUAGAAGUUGACCUCAAAGACUUAGAAGGACAAGUUGACUUUGCCAACAAAGGCCGGGAUGAAGCUAUCAAACAACUAAGGAAGCUUCAGGCUCAGACGAAAGACUUCCAGCGAGAUCUUGAUGAAGCUCGUGCUGCGCGAGAGGAGAUCUUUACGACUGCUAGAGAGAAUGAGAAGAAAGCCAAGAGCUUAGAAGCUGAACUCAUCCAACUACAAGAGGAUUUGGCUGCUGCUGAGAGGGCGAAAAAACAAGCCGAGAUGGAGAAAGAGGAGCUUGCAGAAGAACUUGCAGGAAGUGCAUCAGGAAAAUCCUCCCUCCUGGAUGACAAGCGUCGCCUGGAAGCCAGAAUUGCACAGCUGGAAGAGGAAUUGGAGGAAGAACAGGGCAACAUCGAGGGCAUGAGUGACAGAAUGAGGAAAGCCGUGCAGCAGGCAGAACAACUUACAAAUGAACUGGCUGCUGAGCGCAGCACUUCACAGAAGAACGAGAAUGCACGCCAGCAGCUGGAGAGGCAGAACAAGGAACUCAAGAGCAAAUUGCAAGAGAUGGAGGUCUCUGUCAAGUCCAAAUUCAAGUCCACUAUCUCUGCAUUGGAAGCUAAGAUCUCACAGCUUGAGGAACAGUCAGAACAGGAAGCCAGAGACAAACAGGCGUCAUUGAAAUCAUUAAAACAAAAAGACAAAAAGCUUAAAGAAGCUCUUCUGCAAGUUGAAGAUGAAAGAAAGCAGGCCGAGCAGUACAAGGACCAGGCCGAAAAGGGCAAUUUAAAACAGAAGCAACUAAAACGGCAAGUAGAGGAGGCUGAAGAAGAAACCCAACGUCUCAACGCUACCCGCAGGAAACUGCAGAGAGAGCUGGAUGAGGCCACUGAGAGUAAUGAUACGCUGACCAGAGAGCUCAGCGGACUUAAGAGCAAACUCAGAGGAACACAGGAUACUACGCAAUGACUAAGCAGGCGGGGAAAUGAACCAUCAGGGUUUGCCCCACCUAGACGAUCCACAGGGAACAGAAGAGCUAUAGAUAACAUAGCCGAUGGGACUGAGGAGGAUGCCGAAUCACGAGAUGCAGAUUACAAUGGAACAAAAGCAAGUGAAUAAUCCUACUCCUUAUCACAUCACGUGCCUUUGGACUCUGUCACAACUUUAUUUAUCCCCCUUCAAUCCAUGAGACGCCUGCAAGUGUUCAUGGCCUCUCUGGCAAUGAAGCAAAUUCUCCCUACUGCACGUGCACCAAGAUGGCGCCCAACUACUGCAGCACAGAAGCCAUGCAGAAGGUCCAACCACAAGUGAAGACAUCUACUCUCCACACAGCAGCUGUCACAGUGCGUUCAUGAGAUUGCCACCAGCACAGACUUGCUCUUAGAUGUCUAGGAUGAAGGUUCAGCUCCCCGAUGUCUACUUCUACAAGGAAAGCUGAACUUUUUGGUCACCCUUGGGCAGAUCCAACCAGUGCCUGCCCAGUGUAGCCUGAAAAGGCUGCAACAUGUAGAUGGUAAUGAGCAACUCACGAGGACUAGUUGAGAUUUCUCUAAUGAUUGAAAUUUACUAUUUGACCCCUUUCAUUCACUGGUUGACGCAAAGGAAAUGUUCCUAUUCUACAUCCUUUUAUGAUCCAGUGUGCAACUUUUUGUUUAUUCUGUCGAGAUUUUGUUUUUUCAUGCACCAAGUGCCUUUCUGUUCACCAGUAUUAAAUAUAUUUGUUUUAAAAUAAAUUCAGAUGUAUUCCACUGUUUACUUGUGCACCCUGAUCGUGCUAAAGCCACAUCCACCCUAAAAUUAUACAGCACAAGAUUACAUAGUAGUGACCUUCUGUAUUAGUUGCUCAUAUUCUAGGGGUAGGAUUAUUAGGCGCUUCCAUGGUUUGAACGGCAGCGGACUCUUAAUCCACCCCAUUGUGUUACUAAUGUCUAUUUAAAUGCAAUAACUUUUGAUUUGGCUUCUCUAAUAAAAUUCAAUGUUAUGGCAAACUU